CUUAGUCUGAUAUAAUAAAAAUAGCAUGUUGUAUUAAAGAUAGGUUCUGAAAAUAUUUCAUUGUUUUAGAUGGUAGCCGUUAGAAUAACCAAACUUUAAAAUUCCCAAUAAAAGGAGAAAGAAAAAAAGCUAGCAAUGGAAGAGUUCUUUCAAGUUUCUUGGUUUUGUGAUGAUGCAGUUGAUUAUAAUAAUUUUGUGGUGAACCAAAGUGCUUUCGUGAGUUUUGGAAGCAAAUCCAUUGCAAGAUUUGGAGUUUCUAGUUGUGGAAAUGUAUCGAUGAAUCAUCGGAACAUGAACAAGAAGAUGAUGGAGUUCUUGAAGAAGAAUUGGAGUCCCAAAAAUGGACAAGGGAUGAAAAUGGAUAGAGAGAAAGUUCAUAAACAUAUGAUUAAAGAGAGGGUAAGAAGAGAAAAGCUAAAGCAAAGUUAUUUGGACUUGUAUAAAUUGCUUCCUAUGGGUACCAAGAGUGAGAAGAAUGCUAUAGUCCAAACAGCAGCAAGGAGAAUUGAAGAGCUACAAAAAUACAAGGAAAAUUUAAAGAAGAGAAAUGAUGAACUUCAAAUGAUUUUAGCACAAAGUGAUCAAAAGGAGGAGGAAUUUGACAAGGCAAAAAUUAAAGCAAAAGUUGGUUAUCCAAUUUGUGGUGUAGAUUCAAUGUUAGAGGUUCUCAAGUGCUUGAAGAAUUGUGGAACCAAAGCAAAUUCCAUACAAUCAAGUUUCUCUCACCAAGAAUUUUCAACAUUGAUUGAAAUACAAACUAAGAGUGGAGCAGCAGAGAUAGAAAAAGCAGUGCAAAAUACUCUAUUUGAAGCUGAAAGAAACUUUCGUGCCCAUUGGUAUUAUUAGCUAAAUUUUAAAUCACACAGAAUGAUGCAACUUGUACUCACCAACAAAUUCUAAUUUGCCGUCUCAUUUUGAC